CAGUAAAAAUGUCAUCUGACCAAUUUGUGUGAAAAUAAAGAAUAAUUCCCAUCCAAACCCCCUGGCUUUGGAAAUAAGAAAAGUUCUGAGGGUCUACAAAGUUGCCAAAGGAAAGCUAAAUUUAAUGAUGAUUGAGAGUAAUUGCAAGCUUAUAAAGACAAAGAUCAAUAUCAUCAGUCUUUUCUAUGGUAGAAAAGAAUGAAGCCUAUUAAAAAAGUGAUACAGUGGAUGGAAUGAGAACCUCGAAAUAAGCAAGCAUGGGCCAGAAUCUGAUAACAUUCACUAGUAGAAUUUCAUUAUGACAUUGUGACAAGGACCAAGCAGACCUGGAUUUAAGAUCCAUCUCUUCAACUAACUUGAUGUGUAGAUUUGACAAGAUACUUAAUUUCUUUGAGUCCUUGUUAUCUGCAAAUAAAGGAAGAUAUGAAUACUUACUGUAUUGUCACGAGUAUUAAAUAUAAUAACGUUGUCAAAUCACUCAGCCAAGUUUCUAGCACUUAGUACAGGAUCAAAUAUUAUUUUACUUUUAUCUUUUCCAUACCACCAAUAUCUUUUCCAGGAAAAUGCAAUGCUACUUUCAGCCAAACUAUAAAAUAGGGACAUUCAUUUGGACAUUAUUGAUGCUCAUCUGCCUGUCUUUGGACCGUUUGACGUUUUGAAAUGAAUGAUUAAUAACUAUCCCUUUGUGGUGUAUACAUUAUUUUGUUUCUUUAAGCUAGAAUCUUGUCCUCAAGUCUAACCAAACUAAAGGAAACUGGAAAGACACUUGUUUAUACAGAACCAUUAAUAGAAAGUUUUUCAGAGACUCGGCGAGUGAAUCUACCCAGAGCUGGAGCUUCCUUUGCAGCUUGGGAACACCAGUCCCACCGUGUCUUUGUGGCUUGGCUUUUGACCAUGACUGUAGAACCCAGCAGCUCAGAAUCCAUGAAAAGGAGAGUGGGGAGGAGGCUCCUGCCGUGUACCAGGCACUGUUGUAGACCUGAGGAUACAGAACUGAGCAGUACUUCCCCCAUUUGGGAGGACAACUAAGAAUUCCUCCAAGAAGUUUUCUUGAAUGUGUGCAAAAAUAUAUAUAUAACUCCCACUCCUUCUCCCUCGAUAUUAGCUACUUUACCCUGAGUGGAAGUGGGGUCCCACCCUUGGAGAACUAAACAAGCGUCCCCAGGAGCCCAGUGUGAGUAACAAAGCUGAGAAGGCAGCCGCGAGUGCAGGCGCGGCAGGACCGCGGAGAGCUCCACCGCCAAGUCCAGGGCGGGGCCGGGGCUCGCGUUCUGGGACGACGCUCGCGUCCGCCGGAACCCCCCAGGGGGCGCUCGCGCGGAGGUUUCUGAACUAGUAUCUCGCCGGGUUGCUGGGCGCGUGGGUUUCGUCAGAAGGUGGAAAUCUCUCUGUUGAGAAGCUGCCAUCUCCCCGCCGCCCGCUCUCGUCCCUUGUCUUCUCUCCCUCCUCAUUUCCUUCAUCCCUCUCCUCUACACUUCCUCCCCUUUUCUCCAGCACCCUUCUCUUCACUCUUUGAGUUAACUGCCAGCCGACCUGCCAUCUCCAACCUUUUCACCCUCUUCCCCCGCCCCCAUCGCCAAGAAUGGAGUCAGGGUUUCUGGAGAGACCCAACUCUCUGCUCAGCGUCGUUUGCGUCCGCUGUUGCUAAACUGGCCUCUGAGGACCAGGGGGAGGGAAGUCCGACCCCCACCCCCUUACACCGCCACACAACUACAACACAAGCCACCUUCACUCCAGAGCGGAUUUUGCAUCCCAGGGGCGGGACAGACCUCGUCCCGGGCUGAAUUCUCUUUCUACUCUUCCAGCUCGGCACACCCAGAAUGAAGAAGAUGAGCAACAUAUAUGAGUCAGCUGCCAACACGCUGGGAAUCUUCAACAGCCCCUGCCUGACCAAAGUUGAGCUGCGUGUGGCGUGCAAAGGCAUUUCCGACAGAGAUGCCCUUUCUAAACCAGACCCCUGUGUCAUCCUCAAGAUGCAGUCCCACGGGCAGUGGUUUGAGGUUGACAGGACAGAGGUGAUUCGCACCUGCAUAAACCCAGUGUACUCGAAACUGUUUACCGUGGACUUUUACUUUGAAGAGGUACAGCGCCUGCGGUUUGAAGUCCAUGACAUCAGCAGCAACCACAAUGGGCUGAAGGAGGCUGAUUUUCUUGGGGGCAUGGAGUGCACACUUGGCCAGAUUGUUUCCCAGAGAAAGCUAUCUAAAUCCUUGCUGAAACAUGGGAACACAGCUGGGAAAUCCUCCAUCACGGUGAUUGCUGAAGAAUUAUCUGGAAAUGAUGACUACGUUGAGCUUGCAUUCAAUGCACGAAAAUUGGAUGACAAGGAUUUUUUCAGCAAAUCUGACCCAUUUCUGGAAAUUUUCCGUAUGAAUGAUGAUGCAACUCAGCAGCUGGUGCACCGAACUGAGGUUGUGAUGAAUAACUUAAGCCCAGCCUGGAAAUCAUUCAAAGUAUCAGUAAAUUCUCUAUGCAGUGGAGACCCAGACCGCCGGCUGAAGUGCAUAGUAUGGGACUGGGACUCCAAUGGCAAGCAUGACUUCAUUGGUGAAUUCACCUCAACAUUCAAGGAGAUGAGAGGAGCAAUGGAAGGGAAACAGGUGCAAUGGGAGUGCAUCAAUCCCAAGUACAAAGCCAAGAAGAAGAAUUAUAAGAACUCAGGCAUUGUGAUUCUGAAUCAGUGCAAGAUCCACAAGAUGCACUCUUUCUUGGACUACAUCAUGGGUGGCUGCCAAAUCCAGUUUACAGUAGCUAUAGAUUUCACUGCCUCAAAUGGAGACCCCAGGAACAGCUGUUCCUUGCACUACAUCCACCCUUACCAACCCAAUGAGUACCUGAAGGCUCUGGUAGCUGUAGGAGAGAUUUGCCAAGACUAUGACAGUGACAAGAUGUUCCCAGCCUUUGGGUUUGGCGCCAGGAUACCCCCAGAGUACACGGUCUCUCAUGACUUUGCAAUCAACUUUAAUGAAGACAACCCAGAAUGUGCAGGAAUUCAAGGAGUUGUGGAAGCCUAUCAGAGCUGUCUUCCGAAACUUCAGCUGUACGGUCCCACCAACAUCGCCCCCAUCAUUCAGAAGGUUGCCAAGUCAGCAUCGGAGGAGACUAACACCAAGGAGGCCUCGCAAUAUUUCAUCCUGCUGAUCCUGACAGAUGGUGUCAUCACAGACAUGGCGGACACCCGGGAGGCCAUUGUCCAUGCUUCCCACCUCCCCAUGUCGGUCAUCAUCGUGGGAGUGGGGAACGCUGACUUCAGUGACAUGCAGAUGCUGGAUGGUGAUGACGGGAUUCUGAGGUCACCCAAAGGAGAGCCUGUCCUUCGAGAUAUCGUGCAGUUCGUGCCCUUCAGGAACUUCAAACACGCAUCUCCAGCUGCUCUGGCAAAGAGUGUGUUGGCUGAAGUCCCAAACCAAGUCGUGGACUAUUACAAUGGCAAAGGGAUUAAACCAAAAUGUUCAUCAGAAAUGUAUGAGUCUUCCAGGACACUAGCUCCAUGAACUCCACACACUUUUAUGAAGAUCUGAAAUACUAUUCCUGCUAAUAUUUAAUACUUCUACUACUCCCAUAUUUAAAAAAAAUACACAUUUAAAAAUAGCACGUUUUGGUGAUUUUUAACUAACUGACAAUUUUUUUUGCAUGUGUAGCCCCAGGGCCUGGAUCUGUUAAGCCCUUAUAUUGUUAAAGACUUUUUACAAAGAGAUGCAAAUAAUAACUUACUCUUUACAUUGCAGCAUGUCGCCUUGAAAUAAAAUGGUAUCUGUAUCCGUUUUUUAUACAGGUUUGUUGAAAUUUUGCUAAAUUUCUUAUUAUCUUUACACUGUAAAGCAUUUUGAAACAUUUAUUGAACGUUGAUAGCCAAAACAUAUUUGGUUUUAUCUGCUACAGGAAGAGAGACUUUUCAAAAUGGCAGAUGCAUGGACUGUAUUUUGCAUGUUAAAAAUAAAAAAAAAGAAACCCA